AUAUCAAUCAAAUUUAUUUCCUUCUUUCUUCUGAUCUCCGAACGACUAUCUUCAAAUUUCGCUAAAAGAUCUCAAUCUCUACUCUCUUUUUCUGUGAUAUAAUUGUGUAAUUAGGGAUUCUAAGCAUUAGAAGUCGAAGAUGGAGGAGUACUUGCAGUACAUGAAGACUCUGCGUUCUCAAAUGAACGAUGUGGAAGAUCAGGCGGCCAAGAUAUCAGUGGAAGAGCACACGCAGAUCGCCACAAUUCAGACAAUGGAGACUGACCUAAAAUCUGCAACAUCUGAAGUGAAGAAACUUAAAGAAGAUACUGAUCAGAUGAUACAGGCAAAAGGACAGAUAUGCUCACAGAUAUUGGAAAAACAGAGAAAGAUUGCUUCUUUGGAGUCUGAUUCAUACACCCUUGCCCAGACACUGGAACUUAUUCAACAAGAAAGAGUCAGUUUAUCUGCUAAACUCGUAGAGAAGAGUGCAUACUAUAUCAAGGUUGCAAAUGAUAUUAAUGCCAAACUACAGCAACAGCAGGACUGGAUCAAUUCUAACAGCAUCAAUAGAGAAAUGGGAGAGCAAACAUUGGUCAAGGAUAAUGUUGAUGAGGAAGCGACUGAAACUGGAGGGAAAUCUGUCAUUGAUAACCACCUUAUGCUGGACAAUUUGGGUGAUGAUACAAGGAAGAACCUAAUGGCCAAGCUGGACUCUGCCAAAGCUAAGCUUGAAGAAGCUGUGCAGAUGAAAUCUAAACUUGUCAAAGAGAAUAGCAUGGUGAAGCAGUCUAUUGACCAAGUGAGGAGCAAGGAAAAAGAAUUUAAGCCUGAGCUUCUAGUGAUGGACAUUAUGACUCUUGAAGAGGAAUACAAAGCCCUUUUAUCUGAUAAAGAUGGAGAAUUUGAAUAUUUGCAAUCUCUGCAAGGCCAGAUUGGGAAACUCAAGGGCAUUUCUCAUAUGAUUAAAUGUGCAUGUGGAACAGAAUACAAGGUGGCAAUGGAGUUUUGUGCAUGAUAUGAACCAUGGAAAUUUGCUGUGUUCGCUAAGGAAAGCAGUUGGUAGACUAGAAUAGUGACUGUCUAUGCAGGUUCGCCUUUCUCCUUUUCCCCCUCAGAAAGUUCAGAAAGGUCAUCUUCAGCAUCAUCACGCCCUUGCUCUCGUUCUAACUGUCUUCUUGCAAGCCUUUGUGCAUCAUCCCAUGCUAUCUGCAAAUAAAUUUAAUUUGUUUGCUAUACCAGAUUUUCAGAUAUUGAUCACAAUUUUGUUCUGACACACUACUUCUUUGGCAUCGCAUAGUUGAAUUUAUCAUUAGUUUUAGCGUUAUAAUCAAUUUGUAUUAGCAGAAGAUUAAUUUUCAGCAGCAAAUGAU